AUGCUGUUCAUCCACAUUCCGUACAACUUUGGAUAUACUGUCGGGGUGGCAGCACUUUUCGGCCAUAACGUUACCUCAACUUGGUCGGUACCGGAGGCCUGGAGACGUUCCGAGGAGCUUUUCGGCGACAAGGGCGCCCAGGUGGAAGGGUCCUCCGCGGUGUGGUUUCAUGCUCGCCCGUCGCCGGACGUUGUGAAGCAAGCUAUUGCGGACAACCCGGAGGCGAAGCUUUGGGGAGGUGUGGCCCCAGAACUGCAACAGCUCUCGGAGGUGACCGGCUGCCCCAUGUACUUCACACCACCGAAGUACUGGCCCGGAGAUCUUGCGAAGUCGUACAUUUCUGGGAAGAAGGUCUUUGGCAUACUCCGCAAUCCCUACGAGCGCCUUAUCGCUAUGUUCCGUGGUGGCUACUCUCAGUAUGGCGGAUUUCCACCCCACUUUCACAAGGUUUGCGACGUGAACGGUGCGCUCAAGUGGCUAAUGCAUAGUCUCAUGAAUGGCACUGUCGGGAAGUAUGCCAGCCAAUGCACCUUCAUUCCUCAAGCAGAGUAUUUCGAGGGUCCCUACGGCAUCCAGAUCGCAGUGGACAACUUGUAUUUUCCUGAGAGUCUCAACAGGAUGCUCACCUACAAUGGCCUGCAGUCAGCCCUGGUCGAGCAGAAUGUGAUUCUUCAGAUAACAGGUUGCAACAAUGUCUGGGCAGCGGACCUGGAUGAAGACACGAAAGACCUGGUAUACCGAUACUUUAAGGCAGAUUUUGAUAUGCUGUGUCAGCGCUUUGGCUACUGUGACUACCGCGCCAACACGUGCUUACCCCAAGUUCCAGGCAUGUGUCCAGACAAAGCCUUCGCCUGGAACGAGGUUUUGAAGCAAUAUGUGCCCAGAUCUUAA